AUGGAAAGAGUUGUUCACCAGUGGGAGGAACUGACAGGACAGCUGAGGUUGAAGAAGCACGAGCGUGAUUUAUUAGAAGAAAGAUUGAAGCAGACCUCUCACUACAAAGACAUAGAGGAGUUGAGGAGGACUAAGGAGGACCUUGCAAAGCAAAAGGAAAUUGUAGAUAAUUUUAACGACAAAGAAAAGAGUCUCUUAAAGAAGUGCGCGGAAGUGGAAGCUAAGAUGAAGAACUUCAAAUCUGAACAAGAGAAAGAACUGAAGAAGUCGGAGAGGAGGAUAUUAGACGCAAAGAGAGUGGAGGGUCUGCGAGAGCAGCUGCCUAAAUGCGAGGAGGCUAUAGCUGCUGCUCAGGAGCUUGUGGAGGGAGCCCAGUUAAAGCUAACUGAGUGCGCGGCGGUGAGGGAGACACUGGCUGCUGAACUUGGGGCUCAGCGUGAACUGAUACAACAGUGUUCUGCUGAGAUAGAGAACUUUGUGAAGGAGCAGAAAGCAGCGGAGAAGCUGAUAAGUAGCUGCGGGAUAAAGCUGAAGGAGCUGACUCACAAGCUGAGUAAACUGAACAAGGAAGCGAGCGAAGCAAAGCAGCAGGUCCAGUAUUACCUCAACAACUAUGAGUGGAUUGCUUCUGAGAAGCAGUACUUCGGACAGAGGGACACUGCCUACGACUUUGAGAAACAGGACCUGAAAGAAAGUGAUAAGAAGUUGGAGCGUCUGAAGGCAAGUAAAGAUAAACUGUCCAAGAAUGUGAACAUGAGAGCAAUGCACCUGCUAGGAGAAGCGGAGAAACGGUACAUCGACCUGGUGAAAAGGAAGGACAUUGUGACUAACGACAAGCACAAGAUAAACAAGGUGAUCAAGGAGCUGGACGAGAAGAAGAACAGAGCAGUCAGGAGAGCCUGGGAGCAGGUGAACAAGGAUUUCGGCUCUAUAUUCUCUACGCUGCUUCCUGGAGCGAGGGUUAAACUGCAGACUUUGGAGGGGAGACCUGUUACUGAUGGUCUAGAAGUCAAGGUUGGGUUUGGUGAGGUAUGGAAAGAGUCAUUAACAGAACUGAGCGGGGGGCAGAGAUCUUUAGUGGCUCUCUCUCUUAUCUUAUCUCUUCUUCUCUUCAAACCCGCUCCUCUAUACAUUCUGGACGAGGUGGACGCAGCGCUAGACUUGUCCCACACUCAGAACAUCGGACAGAUGUUGAGGGCUCACUUCAAACAUUCUCAAUUCGUCGUGGUCUCCCUCAAAGAUGGCAUGUUCCAGAAUGCUAACGUUCUCUUCAGGACGAAGUUUGUUGACGGAGUAUCAGCUGUUACACGACACACUCAACAUUCCUCCACAAAACCUGCUCUUUCUGAGAAGGAGAAUAUUCAGCCGAUCGCGAAGAAAAACAAAAAACAAAAGGUUUAGUUACCAUGGUGACUGGUGAUGUGAAACGUACUUACUUUUUUAUUUUCGUGAUGAGGAUCUGUAAAACUUACUUUUUAAACAGGUGCUAUUCAAGAAGCUUCUUCUAAGUUUAAAUUAAGCAAAUUGUCAAGUUGAGA